AUUUAGUCCCUUCCCAUUUGGAGGCUUCUUGUCAGGGCAGUGGAACACCUCUUAUUGAUAGCAAUUCAUAGUUGACAGCAGUUGGUACUCCGGUCGCGGGUGGGAGUGGCGAUAAAUCAUUCCAUCAAAACCUUUUUAUACCAGCGGAUUGGAGCGGAGCAGUGGCAUGGUGUAUCUUCUGCGGUUUUAACUUUUGUGAAAACCGGAGCUGGCUGGUAGACAGCCCUUCGUAGGUACCGAUUCAUCUCGUUCGGGAAACGUCAAUACCCAUAACACAACAAACAAUUUGUGACGGACUGUCCGCCCGAAAACUCAGGUCAAGAUGGCUGGAAGAGUUGUGAUUGACCCAUCAGCAAAACAUACAGCAACACUCAUAUUCCUGCAUGGUCUGGGAGAUACAGGGCAUGGAUGGGCAGGUGCCAUGAGCUCAAUUCGUUCAAGCCAAAUGAAGGUGAUCUGCCCAACAGCGCCCACGAUGCCUGUGACGCUAAAUGCGGGCUUCCGGAUGCCGUCGUGGUUCGACCUCAGAUCGUUGGACGAUAAGACACCGGAGGACGCUGCAGGCAUCCGCUCGGCCCGCGACACCAUCCACGGCCUGAUUGAGGAUGAGGUCAAGGCCGGCAUCCCGUCCAAUCGGAUCGUGCUGGGCGGCUUCAGCCAGGGCGGCGCGCUGGCGCUCUACUCGGCCUUCACCUACCCUAAGGCGCUGGCCGGUGUCAUGGCGCUCAGCUGCUGGCUGCCGCUGCGCGACGAGUUCCCAGGCGCUGUCACCGAGAACAGGUCGGCGCCGAUCCUGCAGUGCCACGGCGACUGCGACCCGCUGGUGCCCUACAAGUGGGGCCAGAUGACAACGCAGGCCAUCCGCAAGUUCGCGCCGCAGAUUGAGUUCAAGACGUACCCGGGCAUGAUGCACUCCUCCUGCGACGCGGAGCUGGCGGACAUGAAGAAGUUCGUGCAGACCCACCUGCCGCCGCAGUAAGGCCGGCUGAAGGCGCCGGUCGGGACUGGGGCCGCCCGUCGGUCCGUCAGCGCCGCCGCCAGCGCCGCGCCGGGCCG